AUUCGGAUGUAUAAAUAAGGGGGGGGAGGCAACUGAUUUCCUGAGCGACGUUCCGUGUUUUGGGUCGACGGAGGAAUCGAAAAGGCACAUCUGAGAGGACUACUCUACAAGUGCAAUGGCACGUACCAAGCAGACCGCACGUAAAUCCACCGGAGGCAAAGCCCCGAGGAAGCAGCUGGCCACCAAAGCUGCCCGCAAAAGUGCACCCUCUACUGGCGGAGUGAAGAAACCUCACCGAUACCGCCCGGGUACUGUGGCUCUCCGAGAGAUCCGUCGGUACCAGAAGUCCACUGAGCUGCUGAUCCGCAAGCUGCCCUUCCAGCGCCUGGUGAGGGAAAUUGCCCAGGACUUCAAGACAGAUCUCCGCUUCCAGAGCGCUGCUAUUGGAGCCCUGCAGGAGGCAAGCGAGGCAUACUUGGUGGGUCUCUUUGAGGACACCAACCUGUGUGCCAUCCACGCCAAGCGCGUCACCAUCAUGCCCAAGGACAUCCAGCUGGCCCGAAGAAUCCGUGGCGAGCGUGCUUAAACAGCCCACUCCGUUUCUGUGUUUUUGGUUUUUUUGUUUAAUGUGUUGGGUCUUUUUUUGGGGUGGGGGGGGGGGGUCAAGGGUGGGUUCUUUUGACUUGACUACAUGCUCAUUAUAGUUAAGCUUAAUUUUAUACUUCUGUUUUUUGAGUAGUGACUGUAGGGGAGGGGUCGUUGUAUGGUUCUUGGGCGUGGCAGUUGGGGGUGGUGUCAGAACAUUCCCGGAGCUCCUCUCAGGGUUUUAAAGUUUGUAUUUUAGACUUUGGUAUACCUCUACCUGUGCACUCUAGUCUGCAUGCUACAUGGUGACUUAAAAGGAUGUCCCUUUUUAUUUCUCUCAACUUUCUCCUUCAUUGUGGCCAUCUGGUUGUAAAUAAACUUUCCACUACCUCA